AGAGUUGGUGUCUACGGCGUCCAUCUUGCUUGGCACCGCGGCCAAACCAUAGGCGCUUGAAUGUUAUGGUCCGGUUUUCGACGAAAUUAACGGUAUUCUUCGGCGCGAAGACGAAUCUCUUUUGGCGCAUUGCGUAGCGCUUGCAAUGGUGCAUCGCUCUCGACGGCUUCCUGUUCUCAUCCUGUGGUAAUUCCCGCACAGGAGAGAUUUAAAGUAUUAAUGCGGAUGUAAAUAAAUAAGUAUUUAAUGAUGGAACAAGUUGAUAGUGCCGAAAAAGAAGCAAGCGAAGUGUUGCAUUCGCUGUUAUCAGUCGAAAGACUCGAGAAAAUUGAUAAACAUGAGACUUUUAUUACAACCAAUGAAAAUGGUCAAGAAGUUCAAUGGACCACUACACCUGUACUAUUCACCAAUGAACAGUAUCAACAGGCUAUUGAUGAACACCAAGUAAUUUGGGAAGAUAACAUUGAAGAAUCACCACAAUUAGUAUCAAUAUACACCAAUCAACAAAUAUCCAACAAAGCAGAUUCUGAAGAAUUAAUCGAAGAAGAAGAAGUUGAAAUCAUAGAUGAAAAGAAAAUAAAACCCAAAGCACCAAUAAGAAGACCCAAAAUCAAAUCUCCUCUGAAAAAGAAGAAGAAAUCACCAAAUGAAGUUGAUGAAGCUUUAUACGAAGCGAAUGAUCCCACCAAGUUGGAAACAAGUGCUGCGCAGGUAAAAGAAAGAUUCAAACGAGGAUGUGAAUGUCAAGAUGAGAGAUGUUUCAUGGGUCUGAACCCGGAAACAGUAUACAAACACAGACUGAAUAUAGCUGAGUUAACAAAGGGUGAGCAUGACAUGUAUCUCAUGGGUGUAACAAUGGCAUGUCUAGCAAAUCCAGACACAACUGUAAGACAAAAGGAAAGAAGAAGACUGAGGGCACAAUAUGUCUACCAGGGACGUAGAGUAUGUCUGGAUGCGUUUCUAUAUCUCGAGAAUUGCACGCAUUAUCAACUGAAACGAAUACGUAAACAUGUGAUGACCCAUGGGGUGGCACCCAGGGUGCAUGGGAACCAUGGGAAGAAACCUCAUAAUACUUUUUCAUUGGAUAUCUAUCGCCAUGCGACGGAAUUCUUAAAACAAUACAUGGAACAACAUACCGGAGCUGUUGGUAUUUGUAGUUCCAAACAACCCAUACAAUUACCAUGGGAUAUCACCAGGAAGAACCUGCAUGAUGCCUAUAAGGAAUAUGGUCAAAUAUUGGAGCCUGGGAUUAAAUUGAUGGGAUAUUCAACGUUUAGGCAUUUUAUGAAAGAGCAGUUUCCUCAUGUGAAGUUUUCCAAAGUUGAACCGAAACCUCCUAUACCCGCAGCACCUACACAACCUCAAUCACAACCCCAGAAUACACCUGCAACCCAACAAUCACCUCCACCUCCACAAACACAAGUACAAGUCCAAACUCAACCUGUAAAUGUCCCUGUACCUGUCCCUGUUGGUGUUGAGACACAAAACAUUCAAAUACAAAAGUGUGUGAUUAGUAAUGAUGUCCAACAAGUGAUACCUCUGGUUGUGGCACCCGAUGGAGGUGGUUCACAACCACAGGCGUUUAUUGUCACGCCUGUACAGCAGAUAAUCAAUGGUAACACCGCGGCGAAUACAUUCUCGUAUCAGUUGACGAAUGGAUAUGUGAUAAAUGAACAAGGGAAUAUCGUCACGACGAUGGCGAAUGCUCAACACACACCUUUUACAUUCAGUCGGAUAUAAAUGCCAAUAUGAAGGAUUUUUUCGUUUUUGUACUAGUCGCAAACAAUUUUGUACCAUUUCGUAGUGAUUUGUUUGAAUUACGUUUGAAAUGAAUCAAAUAUAAGUAUUGUGGCGUU